GGCCAAGAUAGCAGCCGGCCAAAUGAAGUCAUUUUGAUCAAGAUAUGCAUGUAUAACAAACAAUAGCAAUCAUCUUGGCAUUACCGCCAUCAUCAUCUCCUUUUCCCCCUCAAAAAGACAGGAUGGGAUCAAGAUCAUCAGACGAAAACGCCAACAAAACUUCCAAUGAAAAAGCAAUGGUGAGCUCAAACGUGAUUGGUGAAAAGAAUGAUACUUCAUCGCCACAUCAACCAUCAUCACCACAACAAGGAGAUGCAGCAACUGAAAUUUUCCAUCGUAAAAGGUUCUCAUCUUUGGCAAUCGUAGGUCUAGCAUUUGCAAUCUUGAAUUCUCCAACAGCUGCAAGCGCUUCUUUGAGUGUUGUCAUCGUUUCUGGUGGUCCGGUCGCUGCGAUAUGGGGAAUGCUAAUCUCCGCAACGGGAGUGUUUUGUAUCGCUGCCAGCAUGGCAGAGUUGGCCUCUACGCUCCCCACACCAGGAGGUCCAUAUCACUGGGCGUACAGACUUGCUCCUUCAUCCUUUCAAGUCGGACUGGCAUAUUUCACCGGUUGGUUGGCUGCUGCAGGUUGGGUUUGUCUUACCGCCACAACUUCAAGUCUGGCAGGCUCGUUGAUCGUUGGUAUAAUUGCUCUACUGCAUCCAAAUUACCAGGAACAGGCCUGGCAUGAAUUCUUGAUCUAUAUCGCAUUUGCUAUUGGUGCCUGGUGUGUCAACGUUUUCGGUGUCAGAGCAUUGGACGGGAUUAAUAAAGCAGCACUUAUUUGGAGUUUAGCUGGUGUUGCAUUGAUCAUGAUCACAACGUUAGCAUGUGCAUCACCUCAAUAUCAGACUGGAAAAUUCGUAUUUGCAACUUAUAUCAAUCGAACAGGUUGGAGCGAUGGUGUAGCAUAUAUCUUGGGUUUAUUACAAAGUACUUUCUCACUCGUUGGAACAGAUGGAGCGACACACAUCAUUGACGAAAUGCCAAGACCACACAUUUACGCUCCUCUUGCGAUGAUUAUUGCACCGAUCAUUGGUUCUCUAAGUGCGUUCAUCAUCUUGAUCGUAUUCUUAUUUGUUUUGAAAGAUUUCGAUGCUGUUGCAAGCAGUUCUGCCGGUCCACUACUAGAGAUCAUUUAUCAAGCAGUUGGAAAUAAAGGAGGUGCAGUGGCAUUAUACAUGUUUCCCGUCUGUUCAAUGGGUUUCGCUGCAAUUUCAAUCUUAUGUGCAAGUUCACGGCAAACGCAAGCUUUUGCACGAGAUUAUGGCUUACCGUUUGCCCACUUUUUCAGCAAAGAAAGUCGUAGAUUCGGCGUUCCAAUUCCGGCAAUCACUCUAACUUCAUUCUGGGUGAUCGUCUUUGGUUGCAUCUAUCUUGGAAGUACGAGCGCAUUCAACGCAAUCAUUUCAAGUAGUGUCGUCAUGUUGCAAUGGACAUAUUGCAUUCCCGUCAUCUUGCUCAUGGUUCGUGGACGUUCUUUGUUGGAUAAAAUCGCGGCAGAAGAAGAAGAAAAUGCAGUACGUGAACAAAACGAUGUUAUUCAAGGAACGAUUGUUGAACCUGGAACACAAACAAUCCUUCACGUUAAAAGACAUUAUAAUAUGGGUAAAUGGGGUUAUUUGGUAAAUGCAUAUGGUGUUGCAUUCAAUAUCGUUACUUCAGUCUUCUUCCUUUUCCCACCACAAUUACCUGCAACUGGCUCUACGGUAAAUUAUGCCGCUGCUGUGGUCGCUUUUGUUCUUUUGCUCGCAGUCCUUUCUUGGAUCUUUGACGGUAGAAAGAAGUAUUCUGGUCCUCGUGAUCUCGCUCAUGCUCUUGCCCGUGCUCGCAAUGCUAGAGAAGAAUAAGUAUGAAAAAAAAUGCUCUUCUGUGCAUAAUUGUAAUUUUACCACAUGAAUAUCAAUGUACAACAAUAUAAUGAUUCAAUAUAUCUUCCAGAAUGAUAUGAUAC